AAGUCUUCUGUCUGUGUUCGCGUCUGGCCAGCGCGUUGCCUGUGAAGUUCGUCGUGUGCCGCUGACAAGACAAUCAUGUCCAAGUUCUUUGCGCCCCGGGUCACCACCCAUGGCUCGGACUCGCCCAUUGCACACGAGUCUCUCCCGAACUACAAAGACGGAGGAGACACGCCACACUAUGACAGCGAUGUUGGCCGCAUAGAGAAUGCUCGUGAAGCCAAGAGGCAGAUCGGGGUCCCCAGCGCAGUCCUCCUGAUUGUCAACCGUGUCAUCGGAACCGGCAUCUUCGCGACCCCGGGAACCAUCCUUGCCUUGUCCGGCAGCGUUGGUCUCUCCCUUUUCAUCUGGGUUGCCGGCAUGCUGAUCGCCGCUGCUGGUACGGCCGUGUACCUCGAGUUUGGCACCGCGAUCCCCAAGAACGGCGGGGAGAAGAACUAUCUCGAGUACGUCUUCCGCAAGCCGAAGUUCCUGACGACGGGCCUCUAUACUGGAUACGUGGUUCUGCUCGGCUGGGCCAGCGGCAACUCCGUCAUAUUUGGCGAGUACAUCCUGCAUGCCGCCAACGUCGAGGUGAACAGGUGGAACCAGCGUGGAGUCGGCCUUGCCUGCAUCACCACGGCCUUCUUGAUACACGGUCUUGCUCUCAAAUGGGGGAUUCGCCUCCAAAACUUCCUCGGAGUCGUCAAGAUUAUCAUCAUCCUGAUCAUCGUGGUAGCCGGUUGGGUGGCGCUCGCCGGCCAUGUCAAACUCGAUGAGAAACCCCACAACUUCAACAACGCCUUUGAAGGGACCACUGGAAGCGCGUAUGGUGUUGUCACGGCCUUGUACAAUGUCAUCUGGAGCUACAUCGGCUACAGCAACGCCAACUACGCCCUCAGCGAGACCAAGAACCCGGUCAGGACCUUGAAGAUCGCAGCUCCACUGGCCAUCGGCGUCAUCUCCGUCCUCUACAUGUUGGUCAACAUCGCCUACUUUGCCGCCGUUCCGAAAGAAGAAAUCCUGUCGUCCGGCCGUCUCGUGGCCGCUUCCCUCUUCCGCAACGUCUUCGGCGGCACCGCAGAGCGCGCCCUGUCCGUCUUCGUGGCCCUGUCCGCGUUUGGUAACGUCCUGAGCGUCAUCUUCUCCCAGGGCCGUCUGGUACAGGAACUCGGCCGCGAGGGUAUCCUUCCGUUCUCCCGCUUCUGGGCUAGCAACAGGCCCUUCAAUGCCCCGCUCGCUGGACUCUUCGAACACUGGCUCGUUUCCGUCAUUGUCAUGCUUGCACCUCCCCCUGGUGACGCGUACAAUUUCAUUCUCAACGUCAUCUCGUACCCCCUGGCCAUUGUAAACACCUUCGUCGCCGCAGGCCUGCUUCACCUCUACAUCAACCGCAAGGCCUGGAACUGGCACCCUCCCAUCAGCGCCACCCUCCCUGUCGUCGUCUUCUUCCUCUUCAGCAACAUCUACCUUGUCAUUGCUCCGUUCGUCCCGCCCGAGGAAGGCCAGAAUGUCUACGAGAAUCUGCCGUACUGGAUCCACUGCGUCGUGGGCUUCGGUAUUAUUUUCGCUGGAGGCGUGUACUGGGUUAUUUGGGCGGUCAUCCUGCCCAAGAUUGGAAAGUACGAAUUGGUAAGGGAAACGGUUAUUGACAAUAUUGAUGGGUGGGAGAGAAAUGUCUUCUUUAGGAGGCCCCUGAGUGAGUUGUCUGGGUAA